AUGUCUGGAGAGCAUUUUCGUCGCCCCGCGAACGCCGAAUCGAGAGGAACCAAGAAAGCGAGCGAACACAGAUGCAAUAUAGAUCAAGACUCCAUUGAUCGGCGAUUGAAGCGACUUAAAGAUCAAGUCCUUCCACUUUACCCCUUCCUCCUUACUGUCCCGACUGAUGUGCCUUUCCGUCUUGGAGGGCGCUUUGUCAACAACUGGGCGGUGAGUGAUGACGGCCCUUUUACGCCAGAGGAACAGCAACUCCAAUACAUGACUUUUUUGACUCAUCACGACGAAGAAUCCUUGUUAGCCGCUGUGGGCGAUUGGUCUGACAGUGCAGGAAACGUGAUGUCCGAUCAGCAAUCCGGGCCUCAGAGUGCAGCUAGCACACCAUCUUAUAGUUCCCUGAAGAAGAAAAUAAGCCUAAAUGAUUACAAAAACAGGAGAAAGUCAGGCGCAAUUGGCUCCCCUGUCAAUCAAGAAGCCCCUUCCCAAUCAUCGACCGCUCAAACGCUCAAUGGAAGCCAAUCAACCAACAAAGCCAGUGGUUUCGUUGACGAUAUACAGGGACCGGUAGACAGGGCGGCUCCAGGGAACGGCCAUGUCUCCUUUAAAAAAACCAAAUUGUCUACUGAUCCUACAGUAGAACCCACCAAAGUGGGACGACUGCGGAGCAAUGGACUUCCUGCUCUCCUAUCACCGACUUUGCCCCCAGUCUCAAGCAGCCCGAGACUGCCUCGACUUCUAUCUCCAACACUUCCACCGGAUCUGGAGAAAGAGUUGUCGAUGCAAAAUGUGGAUUCUGUGUCUUUAGACUCCUUGCAGCGCCCAGAUGUGUCAAAUAUUGAUGCUUCGAAUUUGCAGAAAGCCAAACCUGCUGUUCGUGGCUUUACCCACAUGAGCUUGUCACCCAUUUCCAGCCGGCAAAACAAAACAUUGAACCCUGGUUCCAUUAGAAGAUCGAUGGAUACACGAACGAGUUACCACUCAAGUCAUGCCAGAACGAAGUUUAUCGUCAGAUUGAGGUAUGGCAGAGCGAACAGGAAGCGCGUUGAAGCCCUUCUAAAGUUCUCCGGUAAGAGGAAGAUAGGUACAUCAAGCUCACCCGUAAGAAGUGUUGAUAUUUCUCAUGCUACAAUAUCUGGACAAGCUGUAGCGAAGGCUACGGCAUCUGAGCGUGCAGAGAAUGGCAGCAAGUUAUCUCGCAACGAUUUUAAAUCAAAACCCCCUAUCAUUAUUGAUCAGCCCCAGUCACCCAAAUUUCCGAGCCCGCAUGCCAAACAGCUCCUGCAGGAUAGGUCAAAGCAGAUGCAGUCAACGUCUGGCAAAAGUUCUAGCUGUUCUGGUCAAUAUGAAGUGCCUGGAGGUACUGGCGAGGGAAUGCCCAUCCAAUCCGGAGUGAAACAUACAGCAGAAUGGCCGACACCUACCAAACCACCAUCUCCUCAAACAGGUAGCGCUGCAUCUCGGCAAUGUGAGCGUCGGGCGUGGAAGGAGCAAUACCAGAAAUAUGGGAACCUUGGCCGAGAACUGAAGCAUGCCGCGGAACGUCAUACAGCUAAAGAUAACGCGACUGUUGUCGAUGAAAAACUCGCGGUUGCCACGGCUGUGGAAGCUAUCAUAUGCUUCAUCCUGGCUUUUGUCGCAGAUGACCACUUCAAGGCUCUAAGUCGCCAAGUGGCCGAUUCUUCUUCAUGGCUGUCCAUUCUUGCCUAUUGGCGCGUGGUGAAGAAAAAUAGUGCACCCUAUCCCCGAUUGCACAGCCUAUGUCUCAUACUUGGUGCUGUCUCGUAUGAUGCAAUCCAUGCACUUGAUUUGGAAAGACUUGCAGUUACAGCUGUACCUGAAGAGCAUACUGCUAUUUCUACAUUGGGCAGCGACGGGACAGCGGUUGCACUGGACGAGUAUAGGAAAGCCCGAAGGGAAUUCAACGAGCUGAAGCAUCGACUUCCUGAGUGUUACCGAGAGUCUCAAAAGCUAUGGUUGGAGGGCUCACGCGGUCUUUCUGAGAACGUCCUUGCUAGUGAAUUCCCUGCCACAUGGUCCAAUCGAUCAAAGAAUUUCUCGGAGCAGGGGAAGCAACUUUCAAAAGCUGGUGACUUAUCCAUCGAGUACUUUCUACCGUUGAGAAAAACCAGUACACCUUCGGAGAUUAUCAAAUUCAGUUGCGCAAUUUUGAAAGAGUGGUGCACGAAGGAAGGCAUUGGGUGGAGCAGUAGACUUGAUGCUUAG